UAAUCACGUAUAAACGAAAAAAAAAUACAAACACAAAUAGUGUUCAGCAAGGUCUUUUGCAUAAUUUUUAACCACUUAAUGUGAUUGCAAAUGGUGUCGUCUUGUACAAAACUGCAGGUAACGUAGUGAUCUAUCUUUGGCCAUUAGCAUAUUAAAUAGGCUUUGCGAUAUGUAAAUGAAUUGUACAUAUUGCACGCAUUUGUUGACGAUCCAGGUACUAUAUAAAAGAAAAUCCAAAUGUAAAGUGUGUUCAGUACUGUAUCCAAUUCACUAUCAUGAAUCGAAAUAGUUUCUAUUUUUUUGUUAGCUGGCUUAUUUUGUUACUAGUUGUACAAUUAACUUCUGCAAAACCAAACACUUCAGGAAAAGUCAACAUUGAAGAUUUUGAAAAUUACUUAAAUGAAAUCCAUGUUGAUGACGAAGCGGCCGAAGAUAAGACCCGUAACGCGGUGAAUUCGCCGUUGCAACGCUGGCCAAGCAAUUUGCUACACUACACAAUCUCCACAGAUUACAGCAAGGAGGAAGUUGAUAAUGUCCACGCAGCUUUACUGGUAUUUAAUGAAAGUACAUGUCUAAGAUUUAGAGAGUAUGAUGUUCAUAAAAAUGGAAAUUUAAAGUACAUUAAUUAUAAAAAAUCUUCGGACUUGUGUGGUACAAGAGUUGGUUUUAACCCUCUAACUCCAAUGGGACCUCACGACGUGAUCUUAAAUCCCUACUGUUUAAGUGAACGUGGUGUUAUACAACAUGAAACUUUGCAUGCUCUUGGACUCUACCACGAACAGAGCCGUCCAGAUCGCAAUAAAUACGUAAAAAUUGAAUAUUCCAAUAUUCCUCAAAAGUAUUGGUCACAGUUUAUCGCCUACCCCGAAAUAUACACUAAUACUUACAAUGUAUUGUACGACUACGAAAGUCUGAUGCAUUACUCGGAAUUUGCUUUUUCAAAGGACCGUACAAAACCAUCAAUGCGCGCAAGAAGUGGCAAUACGGUAAUAGAUCGUAAAAUGGGGCAAAUAGUGGGUCCCUCAGAAGGGGAUUUGAAAAAAAUUAAUAUCAUGUACAAAUGUAAACCAUUAAAGUAAG